AUGGAGGAAGACGAGGAAUCGCGAUCUCGUAAAUUAGUGAAAGAAUUUUUAGCAAGUUUAAAGAAAAGCGAAAAUUCCCGGAAGAAUAAGGAAAGACGAGAAUCUAAACGAAAGGAAGCUGGAUAUCCAAGCAAACGACCAAAAUGCUUUGUAAAAUUGGACGGUGUUAAGGUGAAAUUGACAAUAAAUAUGAAGAAAGGUAGUGGAUACCAAACAGAGGCUGAAAGCUCUAAUUUUGGUCCACCAGUCACAGUUCCCGAUUUAUCACAAGAUAAUAUUGAUGACUUGGCAGGUUGUGAACUUCCCAUAGAUACACCAAGUGAAUCAAGAGCCUCUUAUCAAACAUCUCAGACUGAGUGGAAAAGUCGCAUGGAAGGUCAAGAUUUGAAGUGGAAGGAGACAAGAGAUUACAUACACGUAGAGAGCAUGAAGAGCUUUAGCAUAAACAAGGCUUCUAUUUGUGCACUGUGCCAAAACCAGGCAUCUGUUAGGUGUCAAACUUGCCGAUACCACCUUUGUCCUACAUGUGACAUAUCUAUUCAUUCCAAGCAAGUAACUCAUCAGCGUAAAUGUGAAGUCAAUAACUGCCUCCAUUUGCUUCAGUGCACUGAAUUCCUGACUAAUGAGGGGAACUUAAUAACUCUGAACAUACCUUUGCCAAUGUUUAUUCCCGAACAAUGUGACAAUUGCUUAGGAAUCAGCUGCAUUCUAGCAGUUGCCGGCAAGAGUAGAACAGCUCUAAUUAACCAUCUUGUGCUUUUGUACAGUUUUUUGCCGUUAAGAAAAGUACUGUUUUCAGAGUUAAGAAGAAAUGCACGCAGAAGAGAAACAACUAAAAAAAGAAAGGAAGCCGUGAAAGCCGAGGGUGAACCCUCGUCAAGACCUCGUUGUUUGGGUGCUUUGCGUUCACCAGAAAAUAGUGAAUCUACAAAAAGGAAGAAAACAGCUAAAUCAUUAGCUACAAAGAAACCUCGCAUGGAUAAUCCUGAUAAUAGUGUUAGUUCUCCUUCUGCAAAUGUGUUUUCAACUGCAUUGGAAAGUGAUAUUACUCAACUUGAUGAUAGGUUUGAUGUUUCCCGUCAAGAAAAGCUUGCACAAAGUGGUGAACAAUUGUUGAAAAUGAUUGUUGAUGUAACAACUAUUUUUAAUGAUAUUCCUUCAAGCUGCUACCCAGAAAAUGAAAACGCAAAGGGUGCUUCUUGGGCAGAAAGAAUGGAAAACAUGGAUUCUUUGUGGGAGGGAGUCAGAGAAUCUGUUUACGACAAUUUCCUUUCAAAGCAGGCUUAUCCAUUGGUAAUUCAGUGUGAUAACUGCUCGCAGUCACUUUCUGGAGGGAGAGCUAUCAGGUGUUUGACAUGCAAAAAACAUUAUUGUGGGGACUGUGAUUUUUCCUUUCAUGCCCAGCAACCAUUUCAUAAUCGAUGGUUAGUUUCCAGCGAUAGUUGGUACUCCUUGAAAACUAUGGAAUUUGUGGAUUCCACUGGGAAACUCGUAGAGAAAGAUGUUCCAGUCCCCUGUUUUAAACCCCAUCAAUGUACUUUGUGUGGUUCACCUGCUGUACACAUUGAAUCAGGAUCUCGUGUGUAAUAAAUUACUUGAAGAGUCAUUUUUUUGUUAUUUCUAUAUAUUUGAAUAAUUUGUAAAAUACAAAUAUUCUUGAAGUGCACAAUACACUAAAUAUCAACCAAUU